GCCUCUGCUCCUGGCCAAAAAGGCGCAGCGAAAUUCGUUGUUUGUGAUAAAAUAAAAUUCAACAACAGCAAUAACUAAUAACAAAACAACAACAAUAAUGCAUAGUUCCUGCUGAGUAGCUUUUUGUUAUUGUGUGCGUGCGUGCGUGUGUGUGUGUGUGUGUGUGUGUCUGUGUGUGUGCAGGCAUGACGCGGCUGCUGCACAGCGCCACAGCUGACAAACCAACAGCCAAACACUGCCACCCCGCAACAAUAAAACCACAACAACAACAACAACAACAGCAACAAUAACUUCCACUACAGCUCCUAGCUCCUGCCCAGAGCCGCCCCCAGUAGCUAGUAAAAAUUGCAUAGUUCAAGAAAAAACAACAACAAAAAAAAAGCGAAAAUUUAUAAAAAUAGAAAAAUAACAGAAACAUCCGCACAAAAUCCGACGCCAUGGAACGCAUGUGGCGCAAAGUGAAUCACAGCCUGCGCAACAGCAAAUCCCAAUCCCAUUCGCAGUCGCAGUCGCAGCCGAGCAAUUCGGUUGCCGUCGCUGCCGGCGCCGCUGCUGCCGGCGCCGCAACGCCGCAGUCGAGCGACACCAUCAGCUCGGCGGGCGGCUUUGGGGAUGCGCAGCUUGUGGUCGCCGUACAGGGUCUGCCCUGCGCCAGCGCCAGCGGCAGCGCAGCCGGCGGCAGCAAUGCGACCGGGCGACGUUUGGCCAGCAGCGGCCAACCGCCGUCCAACUGCCACAAAUCGCUUAGCCAACAUGUGCUGCAAACGCGCACCGCCUCCUCGGAGCGUCGGCGGCGGCGUCGACGCAAAAGCCGACCGCGUCGCAGCGGCGGCAUGGCCAGUGUGACCAGCUGUGUGGGCGAUGCCGGUGGCGAUAACAUGUCUUCCUCUGGUGGCUUCUACACGCUGAAGGAGCACCAUCAGCACUAUCGACAUGGCCAUGGGCAUCAUGGCAGCGGCACCGUGUCCACAUCGCAUCGACUGCUUGCCAGCUCGGCGCCCAGCGGCACCGUCAUGAUGUAUCCGAAUGCACAGCGUGCUCCAGUGCUGGCAGCGGGCGUUAAUCCAGCAGCAGCAGCAGCAGCAGCAGUGGCGGGAGGAGGUGCGGGAGCAGCUGCGGGUGCUGCACAAACAGCAGCAGCAACGGCGCCGGACAUCUCGUUGAGACAGCGGGCGGUUGCCAAGCUGCGCAUGUUCAACUUUCACCUGAACUGGGAUCUGCACAUGACGCACUGCAAGCCCUGCGGCCCCCGUUUGAGCGGAAGUGGAAACAUAAUCACGCGUCGCCUGUGCCGCAAUCGUAGACGCGAGGACAAUGAGCUCUAUCGCUCGAAUAGCUUCAAGUUUGAGCGUUUCGAGCGCAAGGAGUGCCUCGAGGAGCUCUCUAGCACAUUGCAGAAGCAGAUUGCCAUCUGUGAUGAUUACAGCCUGCCUGUAGACUUUGUUAAGAAACGACCGUCCAGUUUCGAUCCCUGCCUGGCCGAGGCAAUACCAACGAAUCCGGAGCAUUGGAUAGCGCCGAGUCCACAAACUGAAUUUCUGCCAUUUAACGAAGCCCAACAAGCGUCGCAACAGCAACAGCAGCAGCAACAGCAGCAAUCGACAGCAGCAGCAGCAGCAGCAGCAGUGCCGCCGCCGCCCGCCCCUUUGGCGACAUUGCCCAGUCAAGCGGCGACUGCAGCGGCAGCAGCAGCAGCAGCAGCAACUGCAGCUAUUUUGGGCAGCAGCAGCAACAACAACAACAGCAGCAGCAACAGCUGCAACAACAGCAACCAGCUACAGCAACAGCAGCAGCAGCAACAGCAGCAGCAACAGCAGCAGCAGCAGUUGCACGCGCACAACAACAACACUUUGCCAGCCGCACCGCAGCAACAGACGCAGCAGCAGCAGCGCGCAACGUUGCAGCAUCCGCCGCUGCCCAACAGCAACAUCAAGCAGGCAUCCGUCAAGCUCAUCGAAGGCUAUUCCGAUCCGAAGGAUACGCGCCACCACGCCCAGCACAAGAAGGUCUACCACAAGAAGGCCAAACGCCGCUCGGCGCCGCCGCACAAGCAGCGACAGCAGCAACAGCAGCAGCAGCAGCAUCUGCAAACGUUGCCAACGCCGCGCGGACAUCAGCAACAAUUGCUACAGCAGCAGCAGCAGCAACAGCAACAGCACUUGCUGCAACGCCAUUCCACAUACAAUAACAAUAACGGUAAUCACAAGAAGGACAAGCGCAGCAGCCAUUAUAAUUCAGAUUCCUCGGCGCCCAAAUCCUCCGACGAGGAGGCGGACAUUGACGAGGAAGUAGAGCGUGCCGCGCCACAAUUCCCGGCAGCAGCAGCUGGUGGAGCCGCAGCAGCUGGUCAGGCAGGAGGACUGCUCAAUUCGCCGGACAGCAUAUCGGAUGAUCUGGUGCGACCGCUGCCGGCGCAGCUGCAGCGCAGUCCACGCAAAUUGACCGUUGCGCAGGCGGAGUACAGCAAACGUCAGCCGUCGCCCUACUACUACUCGGAUCUGCUCAAGAGCCGGGACAAGCCCGAGGCCAAGGACACGGAGCCGGACAGGCAACAGCAGCAGACGCUCGACCGCGAGGCGAAGCAAAAGUGCCGCCAGUCGACGGCCAGUGAGCCGCCGCAGCAGACGCAGCAGACCCAGUUGCUGGGUGGGUAUCGCAAGAGCAGCAGCUUGGAUGCGCCGCAUCAGCAGCAGCAGCAGGAGCACGACGACGACAACGACGAGCAGGAGCAGGAGCAGCAGCAGAAACCGGAGAACGAGCAGGAGCACGAGCAGGAGCAGGAGGAGAACAACGAAGUUAACGAGCUCGAGGAGAUCGGCCUAAACGAACAGUCGACACCGAAACGGUAUAGCUUCACGGAGGAGGGCGUACGGAUCAUACGCUGCGAGACGCCCAGCACCAGCACCUCGGAGGAGUCCGACUGCAGCGAGUGCCUCAAGCGACGCGAGUGGCACGCCCGGGCCUUGGCCCUCGUCCGCAAGACGUGCAACGUCCAGCCGCGCGGCCAACAGUUGCCCAUCGGCAGCGGUGAGGGGGAGCUGCAGCUGCAGCUGCAGCAUUGCGACGCCGGCGAGGGGGAGCUGCUGAAGAGCUGCCCAACGGACUUGGCCAGCGAACCGAGUUGCGGGUCGAUGCCGCCGCACCGCCUGCUGGGCCCAGCAGCCGUGUGCGGAGCCUGCAUACCGACGCCCGGCAACAACGGCCAAGGCCUUGGCAUUGGCAUUGGCAUUGGCAUUGACAUUGGCCUUGCCGAUGACGAGCUUGACGAGCUCGAGGAAUACUUUCGGCCCCGCAGCAUAUUCUACGUGCAUCCGCAUGGCGUGCACGAGUGCAUCGAAUGUGCGCCCGCAGUUCAAACCAAAUCGAACACAGAUUCCACAGCCACCAAUUGCAUCCAGUCAGCUGCGCUAGACGAGCAGCACAAGGAGGAGGGAGAGCAGCAGCAGCAGCAGCAGCAGCAGGAGGAGGAGGAGGAACAGGAGGAGGAGGAGGAGGCAGAGUACGACUCUGACAACAUGGCCAGUCGACGUAGACAAAUCUACGAGACGGCCUUCGAUUGCAAAAUAGCCAAAUCGGAUGAUGAUCUCGACGAAGUGGAUCGCAUCACCAAUCACUCGGUGCUGCUGCAGCUGAACAGCAAUGCGAACGGGAACGGGAACGGCAACGAGCUGCCGCAGCCGCCGUCGUCGUCGUCGUCGUUGUCCAAGCCGAGUCUUAGCAAAUCGCGACUCGAAUGCAAACGCGCCAAGAAUAGCAAGAAUCAAGCGCUGCAGGAGCAGCAGCAGCCAAAGCAGCAGCAACAGUUGCAGCUGCAGCAGCAGCAGCAGCAGCAGCAGCAGGACUCGCCGGAGGAGGAUGGGCAAUGUCAGGUGGUGCUGCAGGUGCAGGCAGAGCUCAGUCAGCUGCAGCUCAGCUCCGAUCAACAGAAUCAGAAUCAGAAUCAACAGCAGCAACAGUUGCAGCAGCAGCAACAGUUGCAGCAACAGUCGACAGCAAUUGGCGUGUCCACGCAACAGUUGCCCGCGCGCGGGUACACGCCCUCGCCGCCGUCGACCGCGCCGCUGCCCAUCAAGUUUCCCGGCAAGCACGAGCGCUACAUGAACAGCAUUCGGAGCGCGCCCAAUUUGCCGGCCGCGCAGCCGGCGCAUCCGCGGCUGCGGGACCUGCGCCUGCCGCUCCAGUCGUCGCUGCGCCAGCAGCAACAGUUGCAGCUGUGCGCCAGCAGCAACGACAACAGUCUCACCGACAGCGCCUACGUGAAUCCGCCCUCAACCAAUUCCAAUUCCAAUUCGGCUGCCGCUUCCGUUUCCGCCUCAGCGUCAGCCUCGGUCUCGGUCUCAGCCUCGGUCUCAGCCUCGGUCUCAGCAUCCGCCUCGGCGUCCGUUUCCGUUUCCGCGGCGGUGGCAGCGGCGGCAUCGCGUCGUCCGCGCAGCUUUGUCCUGGAAUCGGGUCGCGUCCUGGAGCUGCGACGCAGCGCCCAGGCUCAUCAGCAGCGCCAUCAUCAGCAUCAUCAUCAGCAUCAGCAGCAGCAGCAGCACGGACAGCCGCAGCUGUUGCAGCCGCCGUCCAGGCGCGGCGCCGGCCACAAUUAUAGCUCAACGGAGAGCAUCGCCACCUCGUCCAGCGGCGGCAGCAUGGAGUCGCUGCGCAGCAGCACCAGCGAGGGCAAUCGCAGCACCUCCAGCUCCGAGUCGCGCCACUCGAGUUCGCUCAGUUCGCACAGCUCGGAGAGCGGCAGCGGCAGCGCCAGCGGCAGCGCUAGCGGCAGCGGCAGCGCCAGCUCCAGUGUUGCCUAUCCGCUGCGGCCGCCUCUGCUGCUGCACUCAAAGCUGCACAUACUCAGCCCCAUAUCGGACAAGUCCUCGCAAGAGCCGGCCUCGGCCAGCGGCGCCUCCGAGCAGUCGCAGCAGCAGCAGCAGCAGCAGGAGGAGUCUGGCAAGACAGCAGAUGCAUCAGCUUCUGGCCCUGUGCCUGCGUCUGCGUCUGCGCCUGUCCAGCUGCUGGCAAAGCAGCGCAGUCAGCGUGCCGCCGCCGCGCCGAACAAGGCGCUGCUCCAUCUGGCCGACGAGCUGCUUGGCUCGGACAGCGGCAUCUCGCUGCACUCGCGCGAGGAUGGCAAGCCGGCGACGCUGGCGCUGACGCAGCGUCUGACGCUGCCCAGGCUGCAGCUGGGCAAUGGCAGCGCCGCGGACACUUCUUCGUCGGCGGCAGCAGGCGCUUCCGCUGCCGCCUCCGCCGCGGUGGCAGCAGUUGCUGCUGGCGGCUCCGCGUUGCCGCAGGAGCUGCGUGAUUUGCCCUUCGACAUGCCCAAGCUGCGACGCCGAAAGACGCUGCAGCAGGAGGCCGCAGGAGGCUGCACCUCGGGCAGCGCCACCUCCGUCGACCUGGGCGACCUGCCCUUCGACAUGCCCAAGCUGCGACGGCGCCUGCGCGCCAACCAGGCCGAAAUCACCAAUCUCCUGAUGCACAGCACCGAGUCCAGCGGCAUCUCGCAGGCAUCCUCCAGUCACUCCAUGCGCGACGACCAGAAGCUGGCCAGCAAGCUGGACACGACGCUUUUCCGUCAGAAUCUCACUUUGAAUCUUAACGAGCCGCGUCAGGUGAACAAACAGUUUGGGAGUCUCGAUCUGCGCGGUUUGAGCAGCCACAAGGAGCUGAACAUGAAUCUGUGCCAGGGCUACGUAACAGCUGUCGAUCUGAUUGAUGUGACCAUACCACUGGAGCGUCAGGGCUGGUACCACGGCGCCAUUACGCGCAUUGAGGCGGAGACAACGCUUCGUCCCUUGGCCGAGGGCUCGUUUCUGGUGCGCAACUGCGAGUCCACCAAGCAGGACUACUCCCUGUCGCUCAAGGGCGCCAAGGGUUUUAUGCAUAUGCGCAUCCAGCGCAACGAGGCCGGCCAAUACAUUCUCGGCCAGUUCAGUCGACCCUUCGAGACGGUGCCCGAUAUGAUCAGACACUUCUGCCUGAAUCGGUUGCCCGUGCGCGGAGCGGAGCAUAUGUGUCUCAUCGAGCCGGUUAUAGCGCAGCUGCUGUAAAUUACAGCUGUUAACAGGGUUAACAGAGCCAUUAAGUGUUAACUUUUGGCUGUUAAAUGUUAACUGUUAACUGUUAGCUGUUACAGCAGAGAAUUCCACAUACAUAUUGAUAGCCUAUAAAAUGAAAUUGAAAGCAGAUUAUUUCUCCAAGUGGCAUACAGCUAUAUACUAUAUAUACUAGAUACUAUAUACUAUAUAUCAUAUAUAUAUAUAUAUAUAUAUAUAUAUAUACAUGUGUAUAUGACGAGUGGUAUACACUAGUUAUAUGCUCUAGUCUUAACUAAAAUUGUUUCUACUCACCAACUUCUGUAACGCUCUAACUUUUCAUUUGGAUCGAACACACAAACACACUCAUACAGAACACGAAAAAGCAAAUGAGUUAAAGCUAGAGAAGAGUAUUAGGAAACACGAACUAUGUAGCUUAGUGUUAAAGAAAACAUUAAGAAGAAAAAAGAGCAGAGUACGUAGCACUUUCAGACAAUACGAGAAAAAGGCAAAUCG